GGAGCCCAAAACGCGUCCGACUGACAUCACGGACCUCUGACGGAAGGACGGAUCCCGGACGCGCUGUCUGACGUGGACGUGUCUGGCGGGCGGGCUGCGGUGGCGCUCAGUGAGGGUGGCUUGCAGGUCGAAGCCAUGGACCGACGGCGCAAGAAGAGCGCAGAGGUGCGCAUCGUGGCCCCCGAGGACGUGUCCGUGUCCGGGGCCGUGCGCAGGACCUCCUUGACCAGCGGGCGCAGGACCCCCGAGCACCGCCUCGGCGCCGGCCUCGCCUCCGACCUCGGCCAGCUGAGCCUCACGCGCAACGACCGCUCCGAGAUCGACCUGGACGGCUUCAUGACCGGCAUGGAGAGCUCGGCCUGGGUGGACGAGCGCGAGCUGGGCCAUAGGAUUUUCGUGAACCGGUCGCUCCAUCUGGAGAACAUCAAGUUCUAUGGCUUCGACAUGGACUACACGCUCGCAGAGUACAAGUCCCCGCAGUACGAGCGCCUCGGCUUCAACCUCAUCAAGAAGCGCAUGGUGGCCAUGGGCUACCCGCAGGAGAUCCUGGAGUUCGAGUACGAUCCCUCAUUCCCCGUCAGAGGCCUGUGGUUCGACUCGCAGUACGGAAACCUUCUGAAAGUGGAUGCAUAUGGAAAUAUUCUAGUCUGUGUGCAUGGUUUUGAAUUUCUUAAGUUCUCACAGGUUUAUGAAUUGUACCCUAACAAAUUCUUGCAAUUAGAUGAGUCUCGAGUUUAUGUAUUAAACACUUUGUUUAAUCUACCAGAGACUUACUUACUGGCCUGUUUAAUUGAUUUCUUCACUAAUUCACCACAGUAUACAAGAGACAAGACUGGAGUCAAGGGAGGUGAUCUCUUUAUGUCUUUUAAGUCAAUCUUCCAAGAUGUGCGAAGUGCUGUAGAUUGGGUUCACAUUCAUGGUGAUCUGAAAUCAAGCACAAUUCAAAACUUAGAGGAAUAUGUGAAGAAGGAUGAACGCCUACCUAUGUUCCUGGCACGAAUCCGUGAGAGUGGAGCUAAAGUUUUUCUUCUCACAAACAGUGAUUACAAUUUUACUGAUAAUAUCAUGACAUAUCUGUUUGAUUUCCCCCAUGGAGCAAGACCAGAAGACCCACACCGUGACUGGAAAACCUACUUUGAUGUAAUUGUGGUUGAUGCAAGGAAACCACUAUUUUUCGGAGAGGGGUCUAUCAUGCGUCAGGUUGACACAUCAACUGGAGCCCUCAGGGUUGGCACUCAUAUAGGUCCUUUGCAGACAGAGCAUGUUUAUUCUGGAGGCUCAUGUGAUGUUUUUACUAAACUAAUCGGAGCCAAAGGUAAAGAUGUCCUCUACAUUGGAGAUCAUAUAUUUGGUGAUAUUCUGAAAUCAAAGAAGAUCAGAGGCUGGCGCACAUUCCUUAUUGUCCCUGAAUUAGUCCAAGAGCUUCAUGUCUGGACUGAUAAAUGCCAACUCUUUGCUGACCUCCAGAAUUUGGAUGUCACUCUGGGAGAAAUGUAUAAAAAUUUGGACAGCAGCACAAAAGAGAAACCAGAUAUUUCCAAACUAAGGAAUGCCAUUCGUGAUGUAACCCACAAAAUGGACCUUGCCUAUGGUAUGAUGGGCAGUUUAUUCCGCUCUGGAUCCAGACAAACAUUUUUCUCUAGCCAAGUUGUGCGCUAUGCUGACCUGUAUGCAGCAACAUUUUUGAAUCUGAUCUAUUAUCCUUUCUCAUACAUGUUCCGUGCACCUGCAAUGCUGAUGCCCCAUGAGUCCACUGUGGCCCAUGAGCAGCGAUUUGUGAUGGAAAGCCCAAUGAUUUCCCGAUCAAGGACAUUUUCUAUUAUUGAAAAUGAAGAGACUGACAAUCAUCGUCCAAAGCUGGAAAAGAUGCACAGCAUGGUGCCACAUGCUCGUCCUGAAACACCACGUUGUGUGACACACAACCACGAUGAGGACUAUUCUGAUGAAGAAAGUGAUAGCAUCAAAUCCAACGAAGAGAAGACAGCAUAAUUUUGUUAUUGUGUCAAGUAUACUGUGGAGAGGCUUCUCCUACAUUUUUUAUGAGAUUUCUAAGAUGAUUUGAUCCAACAUCAAUGUGAUACUAAGUUAUAUCUUGAAAUUUACCACGGUUAAUGUUGUUUCCAACCAGUAUAAAUUUGCUGCAUUUAAUCAUGAUGGAUAUCUAUCACUGUUGACUCCUGUCUGUUUUUGACUCUCUCAUGUUUCUUCAUUUAACUUAUUCUAUGAAAUUUAAAGUUUCGUAUUUCUUGAUUUUGUUUCUUUUUGAGGCAAGAAGCUGUUAAUGUUAUCCGCUAAAGAGACACUUCAAUGCAUUUAAAUCAGAUUCUUUUUUUGACACUUGUUUUCCAUAUUUAAGAAGGGCCUCUCUGAAGAUGAUGACUUAACAUGCAGAAGAAAAAAAAAGUUUGAACCUGUCUUAAUACUUUGGUCUGAAAUGUUGGGUGAUAGAGAAUGUGGUUUGCAUGGCAGUUGACUUUAUAUUAUAAGAAUCUAUUGGCAGCAUUGCCAAGAGGCUUUAGAAAAUCAGAUGUUUCUCAAAAUUUACCAAAUGGUCGCUGGUAGAUAUUUUUCUAGUGCCAUGUAUGUACAAUCAUAGUGAAAUGUUGUUUAAGAAUUUUAGCUAGGAAAAAUAACACCACCUAAUGUUUGAAAAUCUCAUCUCUGACACUCAAAUUUCAUUAGUCUUGCAUUUUUUCAUGUCAGUUUUCUUCCCCUCGUUGUUAUUGUUCUGAGGGCUGCAGAUAUGUGUAUCAAUACACUGCCAGUAAUUAAUGAUGCAAGUUAUUUCCCUGAGAAAAUAGUUUUUGUUGAACUUUAGGUUUAAGAGUAAGGAAGCUAUAUUAAUUGAUAUUUUAAAUGUUGUAAUAGGCUAUCAAAACAGUUUUGUAACAUUAUGUACAGCUUUUUAAAAAUAAAUGU